AAGCGCACUCAGAUCUUCAGUUAAAAGAUAUCCUGAACGCGCUUAGGCCACUGGAACGGAGGUUGUCCUUGCGGGUUGCCUAUAAUUCAGGACACCAGUGGGUCCCUGAAGGUGAACGGAACAGCUGAAACGGUGAUCACGGAUAUUUAUCAUGCGGUGUGGAAUUUCGAGUUACAGGUGAAACUCCAACAGUGACCAAAAUUAAGAUUGCAACACAUUCGUGGAGAGUGCGUCUUUUUAGACAUUUUGCGUUGUUCAUGCUAUAAAAAAAAAGUUGAUAGACUCAAGAUGGGUUGCGAACUCGGCAAGUUGGCGAAAAGUGGUAGUAGUUCUACGAAGAACCAAAAGACUGAAGAAGCAGUAGCUCUUCCUGUACAGGUAGAUAGCAGACUUCCUUUGACUGCUAAACAGAAGUACAAUAUGUUAGCUUCGUGGCGAGGCAUAAGCAGGGCUAUGGAAUCAACAGGAGUUACGAUGUUCUUGAAAUUAUUCGAAGACCACUCAGAACUCCUGGAACUGUUCGAAAAGUUCAAAGCGUUGAAGACAAAAGAGGAACAGGCCAGCAGUCAAGAACUUAUAGAACAUGCGAAUAACGUUAUGAACACCUUGGAUGAGGGAAUCAAAGGCCUUGAUAACUUGGACGUCCUGAUGGAAUAUUUGCAUCAGGUUGGGGCGUCGCAUAGGAAAAUUCCAGGCUUCAAAGCAGAAUACUUUUGGAAAAUAGAAAAACCAUUCCUAGAAGCAGUGGAAACAACAUUAGGAGAUCGUUAUACCGAGAAUGUGGAAAAUAUUUAUAAAAUAACUAUAAAAUUUAUUAUAGAAACUUUAAUAAAAGGAUACAACAAUUCCAAUUCCACAACGUGAGCCAUGCAGCUGAAGACUGAAGAUCAAUAAAAUUGUUGCAAUUUUUUUGAAAUCGUAAUGACUAAGAACAGGCAGCAAUAUCAGUUAACUCUUUAGGCUUCUGUUUCAUUCCUUAGAAAAUUAAUUUGAAGUUCAUUGCUCAAAACAUAUUAAUUUUAUAAUGGGAUCAAAAAUCAAAAGUUUCUUCAGCGUUUUUAUUCCACUUAGAACACAACCAAUUCAGAAAUUCAAUGAGCUAUGUAUGACUAUUGAUGUCUGAACUUAGUCAUAUAUGUAAGAUAUUGAAAUAUCAGAUAUUUUUUCAUCCGUAAGUUAUUUAUUUUAUGAAAUUAUAUAUCGGAACAAUAUAAGAUACCUUCGAAUAAUUUUCGAGAAUUUAUGAUAUUAAAAUAUUUGUCUGAAAUAAAACCAAUGAAUACUAGUGAGUGCGGCGAAUGUGUUUUGAGGUUUAUUUAUAUAUUUUGUAAAAAAACAUAUACUUAGAUAUAGUGAAAUAUGAUGGUAUGUACUAUGUGUGAUAACCUGAUGGUUUGAUUCAGGGUGAGAUUCAUUAAAUGUGGCGAUAGACCUUCAAAUUUAGAUUUAACCAUUUAUGGCCUGUUUCACCACUUACUGAUAAAGUCCCGGAUAAGUCAAUCUUAACAUAUCCAAUAUAUAUCACUAAAAAUGGUGUUUCAAACGUAACGAAAUUUGCUGAUAAGCUUCCUGAUGAUUUAACACCUAAAUCAAGUGGCUAAUAUAUUUUCAUCUGGUAAAUUAAGAAUUUUUUAAAAUAUGAGGUGUAGCAAAAAGGAAUCCAUUAUUUUUGCAUGAAAAACAAGGCUUUAAUUACCAUAAUUAAAAUGCUCCGAUUAAGGUAAAAUGUGCGCUGGUUUGUUCUAUGUUGAAGGUAAUAUCAUUAGGCCUCUCUCAUAGAAGCCCACGUUCUAUGGCAGAAAAUUGAGACAUUCGACUUUCACAAGUUUCUGUUGAAACGAAUUUUUUACCAGAAAAAUUGUGUGCUUUGGACAGGAACAAAUGGUAAUCACUUGGUACCAAAUAAGAUGGAUGCAUAAGAACCUCCCAACCAAGCUCCUGGUGCUUCUGGCGAGUCCUGAUGGAACACAAAUCCUCUUCUAUUGGCCAAAGCUGGGCGCUUCUGCG